AUGAAAAGGAGCAUUGGUUUAAUACUGGUUUUGCACUUCUUAAGCGCAAUCGAUUUUUCGUAUUCAAAAAUCGUAAAUUGUACUUUUAUCGAUGGUAAAACUGAUUCGGUGGAAUUAAAUUGCAAAAGUGAUUUUAGCCUCUUUAGCCCUUAUCUUCGUCGUGCUUACGGCAUUGAUUCUGAUGAAGAAGACUACGCAACAUUCCAUGAAGAUACUUCGAUUCGAAACGGUGAAUGCUAUUCCGAUCUGUUCAACAGUGAAUCAAAAGAGAAAAAUCGCCUCAACGUUAAACUAUUGAAAGCGACCACUAAUUGUGGACCGAGUGAACUUUUGAGUGAUCAAUUUCAGAAUAUUCGUGAACUGGAUAACUCAUAUGAUUCAAACUUUAUGCGUUUUCAAUUGUUCAAAGGAUUGUGGAAAUGGAAUGCAUCACACAGUUAUAUACCAUUUUUCGAUUUGUCGAGUAUGUAUUACGUGCCAAAUUUGAACGAAAUUGACCUAUCCUACAACAACAUUAAGCAAAUUUUUGGAGGAAUCAUCAAAAACACACAAUUGUCCGUAGUUAAUUUGUCUCAUAAUGAAUUGGGACCCUUGGCGGAAACUACUUUUGGAGGAAUGACAAAGCUGAAAGUAUUGGACUUAAGUUACAACAAAAUAGCCUACAUUCAAUUGAAUUUAUUUCAAAGUAACACCAAUUUGGAAGUGCUGCGCCUUGAUAAUAAUCCAAUGAAGGUAUUCGAUUGUCAUUUGCUUUCACCGAUGAAGAAUCUAGCAUCGUUAUCUGUGACAUUGGACAAAAUUGAGCAAAUCGAUUUGAAUUGCAAGGGAUGCACCAUUGGCCUAGCUCCAGACAGCAUAAAUGACACUAUUAUUCGUUUGACGGGAGUCAAAAAUGUGUUACGCUUCAACAAGGACUAUUUCAAAAAGUUGACCUAUUUUAUGAUGGCUGAGAGUGAAACCGAAAAUAUUUCGCAGAUAAUUGAACUGCUGCCGUCAUCCUUACAACUAUUGGGCAUUGGAUCAAGCAAAUUGAACGAACAGAAUGUCAACAUUAUCGAAAGAUUCAACAAGUUGGAACAACUCAUAUUGAUGCAUUCAAAUAUAACCGAUUUGGAGCCAAACAUAUUCUCGCAUCAAAUCGAAUCUCUGAAAUUGCUCGACCUUUCGAAUAAUCAUUUGAGAAUAAAUAAUCCAACGGCUCUAUUUGCACCAUUGAAAAAUUUGCUCACGUUUGUAAUUUCAAACGCUCAUCUCGAAAAUAUCCAUGAGGUUCUACAGGCAAUUACACCAUCCGUUAUCCAUUUGGAUGUAUCCUUCAACUAUGUGGGAAAAUUGGACGUCAAAACAUUUCAACGUUUCACCAAUUUGCAAUUUCUCAAUUUGAGCCACACAAAUCUAUCGAACUUUGGAUUCAACACAUUUUAUCAUCAAACCAAAUUGCGUUCGCUCGAUCUUUCUUAUAAUCAACUCAAGAAAGUGGAUUUCACUCUGUUUGUUCGCAGUUUUCUCGAUCUCACUCAUUUGUACUUGGAAGGCAACAAUUUAUCAGAGAUCAAAACUAUAACUGCAGUGGUUUUUCCAAAGCUUUCUAUAUUGGCUGUAUCGAAAAAUCAAUUGUCCUGUCAUGAUUUAGCGGCAUUUCUGCAUCAAUGGAAAGAUUUGCAUGUAAUUGGCAAUCCAUCGAAUCAAGCACACAUGAAUGGCGUCGACUGUGAUCCAAAUGCUGCUGAGAAUACAUCAAAAAUGACUGAAUUGACAAAUGGCGUACACAUUUUGACGCCAUCUAAACACGAAGUCAUUGUAACACACACCGAGUCGCACAUAACUAAAUAUUCGGUAUUGUUUUUGUGCGUGAUGUGCUUCGGGUAUUUGGUGGUGAAAUCAAAAAUUAUUCCACGAAUCAAAGAGGAACUAGCGAAGAAUCCACUUGCAACCAAUGUAAGGUGUCAACCAGCCACAUCGACGUUAGUACUUAUGGAGCAAGAAAAUUUAUGA